AUUGCUCGCAACUCUUUUACGGCAACUACAUGAAAGCUCACAAAAGGUUGCAUAUGAUACGUUUUUGCAUCAGAGCAAAUAUAUAAAUGAUGGUAUAGAUGCAGGUUUGGAAGAGCUGCAGCUAAUUUUUGAGCAGAUUCCAAAGUUUCAUCAUAAUAAUUUUAUGGAUUUAAUGCAGCAAGUUUCUGAUUAUAUUGUAGAAUAUGAAAAUAUACCAGAACAAAAAUUGGAUACGAAUAAGGAAAACAUAAUUAAUGCAUAUUCUAAUCUACAAGUUCCUCAAGAUAUAAUAUUACAUGUGCAUAAUCCAAUCUCAGAUGGUUACUGUGGGUUUAGAGAGUUAUAUGGUAAUAUACUUGGAUAUGAUAUAAACCAUCUUAUGGCUGUUUUAUCAUAUCUAGAACCAAUGUGUCCAAUGGAAUUCUGGUUUUAUUCUCUGAAGUGUGCACAACUAGCAUCAGAUGCAUUCAAUAAAUCUGACCGUCGCAGAAAACCUGUUAUUUUGCAAUGUUAUGAACACAACCAUAUCGUACUAGUUCAACUCAAGCCAAAUAAGAAAGUUCAACUUCCACCUUUAAACCCACAAUAUGUACCUAUUUGCGAUCG